AUGGGCGCCGGGGGGGGGCCGGUGAUGCGCAACGGUCAGCCGAUCGUGCUGCCGCGCGGGCAGCCGCGCGAUUGGGGGCCGCUGGACGCGCCCGCGCUGGUGCCGACCAACCCUGUGGGGGACGGCGUCGUGCCCAACCCGUUUCAGCCCGCCGCGGAUGUGCCGGCGGCGAUGCUGCACAAGCCGCCGGGGCCGCAGGGCGGGCCGGGGCCGGCGGGGAUGCAGGCCCUCCCGCCGCCGGUGGCGCAGCAGGGCCACCUGGGCGUGGUGCCGGAGAUGGGGAUGGCACCCAUCGGCACCGGGCACCAGGAGGGCCUGGCGGGGCCCGGCCACGCGCCGGGCCCCCUGCAGUCGGUGCCCAGGGCGCCGCAGCCCCCGCCGGGGCAGAUGCCCAGCGGGCGGAGCUUGUACUCGAUGCUGCAGGACGACGUGGCGCCGGGCCCGCUGCGCUCCACGGCGCCGAUGAACCCCCUGCGCCACUUCCACAGCUCGCAGUCCGCGAGCGAGCCCGUGCUGAUGCAGGUGCCGACUUCCGUGACGGUGCCGCCGAACAGGGGGGGCGCCGGUGGUGGCGGGCAGUUCGGGUCGAUCGGCCAGGGUAUGGGCGGCGGGCACAGCGGGGUCGCCAACGGCCUGCUAAACCUGCGGAUUCCAGGGGUGGAUCUGUCCGGGCAGUCGCCGGAGGUGGUGAAGAAGAAACUGAUGGAGCACCAGAAAUGGCUGUUUUUCCUGCGCCACACGGCCAAGUGCAGCCUGCCGGAGACGACGUGCCCCUACCGGGCGCACUGCCUAAGGGGCCGCGAGCUGUGGUCGCACCUGUUCCAGUGCAAGGACGAGGGCUGCCAGUUUUGGAACUGCCACUACUCCAAGCUGCUGCUCAGACACCACUGCAAGUGCACGAACGAACGGUGCGUGCUGUGCGGGCCGGUGAAGGAGAAGGUGAACCAGGUGCGGAAGCUGCAGCAGACGAGGCUGCAGCAGAGGCAACAGCAGCAGCUACGACAGCAGCAACAACAGCAACACCAACAGCAGCAGCAGCAGCAGCAGCAGCAGCAGCACCAGCAGCAACAGCAGGAACAGCAGCGACAGAUGGCCAUUCUCUCCAGUCAGUCUGCCCAGACGCGAGUGAUGGCGAGUCCCCAGGUGAACAUGGUUCCACAAGUACCGCAGGUUCCCCAAGUACCGCAGGCACCCCAAGUUCCCCCCAUGGCGAUGCAACAGACCAUGCAAAGGGCGCCCUCGCCGCUCCAACAAAUGGCUGGCCCAAUCCUACGGCCGAAGCGCAGCUUCUCACAGUAUGCGAUGAGCACGACAGCCUCCUCACCACAUGCCGCCUCACCCCUCAGCCCCAUUUCUGUUAGCGACGUACCCAAUGGCGUGGGCCUCCAGCCGCCAGUGCAGGUUGUGCCGGUCUCAGAAACGAUGCCCAAGACAGCUGUUGUGAGCGGGGACAGGUACAACAAAAGGAGGAAGUCCUUGCUGCCGUCUGGCGGACAGCCAGGUGUCUCCAACACCCUUGGCACGUCCCUCCUUGAGGUUAUGACGUUUGAAGAGAUCCAGAGGCACCUGCAGGCCCAAAAGGAGUGUGUCCCCCCCUCAAAGAAGGAUACCGUCAUGCCCACCUCGCUGGAGGACUGUUGCACGGUGUGUGGUCAGGGCGACCUGUUGUUUGAGCCACCUUGCAUCUACUGCGACCUCUGCUACCAGCGGAUCAAGCGCCACCAGGUGUACUACACGAACCUGCAGGCCGAGGAGCAGGUCAAAGUCAGCUUCUGCCACCAGUGCUAUGUGUCGGCGGCCAAGGGGGACGUGCUGACGGUGGGUCACUCCCAGUUCAAGAAGAGCACAGAUCUGAGGCGUAUGAAGAACGACGAACAGGUGUCAGAGCCCUGGGUGCAGUGCGACCAGUGCCAGAGCUGGGUGCACCAAGUGUGCGGGCUGUUCAACAAGGGGCAGAACGACCAGGAGACUCACUACCUGUGCCCCCGUUGCCUCAUGAUCGGCCUCAAGUCUGGCACACGCACCACGCUGCAGCAGGGGCGGUCCAAGUCCAUGAACACUGCAGCAGACCUGCCCAAGUGCCAGCUGAGCAACCACCUGGAGGAGAAGCUGAGGAAGUCGCUGGAGAGGGAGAGGGCGCAGCGGGCGCAGGCGGCAGGGGUGUCGCCGAAAGAUGUGGUGGGCGUUGAAGGGAUCACGAUCCGGGUGGUGAACAAUGUGUCGCGGCGGUGUGAGGUGCUGCCAAUGUUCCAUGAGGCGUUCAGGGACAAGGACAUGCCUGCGGAGCUCCCGUACAGGCAGAAGGUCGUCAUGCUGUUCCAGAGGCUGGACAGUGUGGACACCUGCCUGUUCUGCCUGUAUGUCCAGGAGUACGGGGAAGACUGCCCGGCGCCCAACAAGAACUGGGUGUACCUGUCUUACAUUGAUUCUGUCAGGUACUUCAGGCCCGAGGUACAGGCAGCGGGGGGCACCACGUCGCUGCGCACCUAUGUGUACCACGAGAUCCUGAUCGGCUACAUGGAGUAUGUCAAGAAGUUGGGCUUCAAUGCGAUGUUCAUAUGGGCCUGCCCACCGUGCCAGCAGGGGGAUGAUUACAUCCUGUACUGCCACCCACCCAAGCAGAAGACGCCCAACUCCGAGAGGCUGCGCAAUUGGUACAUGGAGAUGCUGCAGAGGGCGCGGCGCCAGGGAAUCGUCAGGCAUGUGUCCAACCUGUUCGACAUGUACUUUGAGGGUGGCAAGGACCACAACCACGAUUUUAGCGCGGUCGCUGUGCCAUACUUCGAUGGGGACUACUGGCCUGGGGAGGUUGAGAAGCUGGUGAAGGACAUAACUGAGAGCGGGGCGCAGGCGGACAAGAAGGGCAAGGGCGCUGGGUCGGCUCGGCCUUCGUCCAACAAGAGGAAGGCACGGGGGAGGGGCAACAGCGUCGAGGACCAGCUGAUGCAAUGCAUUGUGAGCGCACAGCCAUCGCCGCAGUGGGAAGACUUCAUGGUCGUGCACCUGAGGGAACCGUGCUCGUUCUGUCGCAAGUACAUCAGGGAAGGCAGCUUCUACGUGUACAAGCCGCCAGAGGGCGGGCAGAGGCCGGUGCAGGAGCGCAAGUUCGAAGGCAUCCGUCUCGACGCACCUUUGGGCUCCCGAUCUGGGCCCAUCGACCAUUUCCAGCUCUGCCCUGGAUGCUACAGCGCAGUUGAGAAUCACGUGAACGCGGGCUGUCCGUCUGGGCUGCCAUCGGGGGUGAAUUUGCUCGACCUCUACAAGAAGGAUGUGGAGCCGGUCAAGGUGAUGAAAGACCCGGACAUCGCCAUCCCCUGCGAGGUGCUGGAGCAGCGCCAGAUGUUCUUGUCGCUCUGCAAGGGCAACCACUACCAGUUCGACACGUUGCGACGGGCGAAGCACUCGUCCAUGAUGGUGCUGUACCACCUGCACAACCCCCUGGCGCCUGCCUUCGCUGCCACAUGCAACAUCUGCAACAGGGAGACGGAGCCAGGGCAGAGCCUGCGCUGCAAGGUGUGCCCCGACUUUGACAUGUGCCACAAUUGCAAAGCCAUGGGCAGGACGCACGAGCACCCCCUGACGCCACACCGGCAGACUGUAGUCAAGGACGAGGACGUGGCUGGCACGCGCACAAGGAACGAUGCCGACCUGCAGCACAGAAAGCUGGCGUUCGAGCGCAUGAUGAAGUACCUUGUGCAUGCCUUCAACUGCCACAACUCGCCGUGCGUCCCCGCGUGCGUGCGCAUCAAGCAGCUGUACCAGCACAUAUUGCAGUGCCCGACGUCCGUGAGGGGCGGCUGCCAGGAGUGCAGGAGGAUGUGGACGUUCCUGCAGCUGCAUGCCCGCAGCUGCCACACGACAGACUGCCGGGUGCCACGCUGCAGGGACCUCAAAGUGCAGAUCAGGCGGCAGCGGGCUCACCAUGACGCCAUGAGAAGGAAGCAGUACAUGAUGAGCUGCCAGCAGCAGAGUAUGCCGCAGGCGCCCUGUGUGCCACAGCCACAUGCUUGA